CGCAUCGCUCCUGCAUUGCUCCAUGAAAAAGUAUGAAAAAUAGUUGACUUUGACUCAGGGAAGACAGAAUCGGAUUCCAGUGCUAGAUAAUAUUCCUCGUUUUGUCCUUUUUUUAAAAGGAAUAGAGGAAUUUAUAUACAGCUAUUAUAAAUUUUAAGGUUACAUAACCUAUUUGUGUCGUCCACGUGUUUAAUAGACAACCGUUGUCCAAUGGUUUUUGGGUCUUCUGGAACCAUUGGACGUUAAAACUUGUAUCUGGUUAAUAAGGAUUUUUGUCCAGGACCACAAGGGCGGUGGUUAAUCCAUAAAUCCGCCCUAAGUUGAAGAAGAAGAAGAAAGAAAAUAACCUCACUUUUAACCGUCAAAAUGAUAAAACUAAACAAGCUGAAAUUAUUAGGUAAAAUUGGGUUUAAAGCCUUAAAAACAAACACAAAACACUUGAGAACGUUGAGUUCAAGAACCGAAAUAUUGGAACCUGUAAAACUCAGUUAUGCCACCUACGAAGACACAAAAAUAGAUGAAAACGAAAUGCUACCACCUUUAGUCGUUUUACACGGUUUAUUCGGUUCGAAAUCCAACUGGGCUUCACUGUGUAAAGCAUACCAACAAAAGUUACUGCCGAAACGAAAAAUUGUGGCUGUGGACUGCAGAAAUCAUGGCGAUAGUCCACACAGCGAUAGUCAUUCAUAUGGACACAUAGCAGUGGAUUUAAAGGAUCUAUUAAAUCAUUUAAAUGUUGAAAAAAUCGCUCUUAUGGGUCAUUCCAUGGGUGGAAGGGCGGUCAUGUUGUUUGCUUUGAAAUAUCCUGAACUGGUUGAAAAACUAAUUGUGGUAGACAUAAGCCCAGUUUCAUCUGAUAAAAGCCUCAAUACUAUGCCCAGUAUAUUGGCAGCACUGGAAAAUGCAAAAUUACCCGAUAAUAUACCCUCUUCACAGGCCAGAGCAAAUGUAGAUGAACAACUAAGUCAUACUGUUAAAGAAAAAGACGUGAGAGCUUUUUUGUUGACCAAUCUAGUUCAAACAAGUGAUAAAAAGUACAAAUGGAGGAUAAAUAUACCAGCAUUAAUGGCAAAUUUUAGCAACAACAUAGCAAAAUUCCCUAGUAUAAAUAAUAUGCAUUAUGAAGGCCCUACAUUGUUUGUUUCAGGGGAAAAAUCUAAUUAUGUAAAGGAAUCAGAUUAUCCAGAAAUAAAAAAAAUAUUCCCCAACACUCAAUUCAAUGUAAUUAAGGAAAGUGGGCAUUGGGUGCAUAGUGAAAAACCAAAAGAAUUCUUAGAUGUAACAGUAAACUUUUUAAACGAUUAUUAAUGUUGGUUAAAACACAAAAAACUCACCAAUUUUUAAUUUUUCACGAUUUGACAACUACAAGUUGUAGUCUACAACUGUCAUAUUUAAAAAUUCAGACUGCCAACAGAAAAAAAAUAUAAUGCCAACAGUAAAAAAUGAUAAAAUGUUACGUUUACCGUUGUUGUAGAUGAUUGUUAUUGUUUAUCUUGAUAUUUUAAACUGUAAAUAUGUAAUAAAAG